AUGACUGAGCAUGGCAUAAAAUGGGCUUGCGAAUAUUGUACCUAUGAGAAUUGGCCAUCUGCUAUCAAGUGCACCAUGUGUCGCGCCCAAAGACCCAGUGGCGCUAUAAUCACUGAAGAACCAUUCAAAAGCAGCACCCCUGAUGUGGGUACUAUAGAAAGGGGAGGUGGAAGUCCGUUAAUUUGCCCAGAUUCAAGCGCCAGACCACGUGUAAAGUCUUCAUAUAGUGUGGAAGGCGGCACUAAGUGGUCAUGCCACAUGUGCACGUAUCUGAACUGGCCACGAGCCAUUAGAUGCACACAGUGUUUGUCCCAGCGAAGGACACGUAGCCCGACAGAAUCCCCUCAGUCUUCUGGGUCUGGUUUACGCUCCACCCCAAGCCCCGUUGAUCCUUGUGAGGAAUAUAACGACCGGAAUAAACUGAAUAUUAAAGGUCAACAUUGGACUUGCUCUGUUUGCACUUAUGAGAACUGUGCCAAAGCAAAAAAAUGUGUUGUGUGUGACCACCCUACACCCAACAAUAUGGACGCUAUAGAGCUGGCUGAUGCAGAUGAAGCCUCCUCAAUUAUUAAUGAGCAAGAUCGCGCUCGUUGGAGAGGUGUCUGCAGCAGUAGUAACAGCCAAAGACGAUCCCCACCAACAUCCAAGCGAGAUUCGGAUAUGGAUUUUCAGAGAAUUGAGCUUGCCGGGGCAGUGGGAAGCAAGGAUGAGAUAGAGGUGGAUCUUAAAAAACUCAAGCAAAUAAAGAACCGAAUGAGGAAAACAGACUGGCUAUUCUUGAAUGCGUGUGUAGGUAAGUGAAAAUUCUUCUUGAAAUAUUCUGUAUGUUAUUUUAAAUUUAGGUUUAAAAAAGCAGUCCUAUACAAACUAUUUAUAGGGACCUGGCACUAUAGUGGUCCUUUAACUUUUUUUUUUUUUAGUUGAAGUUAUGCUUCAACUAAUCAUACUUUGGGGCAUGACAGGUCGCCUUUAACCCUUCGUUUUGGCAAAGACUUUUGCAGCUAUGUGUUCAUCCGCAGAAAUUGGUUGAACUUUGUAAUCCGUUUUCCAAACUUUCCCUCAGAGUGGUGAUCUGUACUGUAACCGUUUCUGUCUAAAUCUCUCUGACCAUAUUCAGAUGCCAUGUUCAUAUAUACAAUUGGUCAAUUAUAGAAGAUGUUGCUCUCCCCUUCUCAACGUCUACUCCCCAUAUCCUUAAUCAUUGCCUGGGAAGGAACCUGUCAUGUUUAUACCGGUGUAUUUUAUUUAUUUGUUUUCUCGUAACGGACAGGGGGAAAUUAAGGGUGUGCAAACUAUGUGCAUACACUUAAAUAGCUGUUGUGAAAAUGCUAAAAUAAGGUCCAUUUGUCAUGACUUGAAUCAUAACAAGAGGAAAGCGCCUGUUUGUACUGUCUCCUAGCUUCUAUAAAUAGAGCCAGAUGACUCGCAUUCUGUCUGUAUAAAGUGCAUCCAGUGAAAAGUGAGCAGGCUUCAUUUCUGGAUGUGAAUGGAAUGCUUUUAUUUUAUUGUUUUUGUUCUUUUGUGUUCAAACACAACUCUUCCUACACACACACACACACACACACACACACACACACACUCCACAGCCUAGUUUCCACCCACACACCAGACUUUUAUAUGUCUAAGACACUUGGCAUGUCGGAUAGACUGCCCAUAUUUAUGAUGACUGACUUAAUCGUGCCCAAACUACCCAUAACCACAGCUACGGGCAUUGUUUACGUGCUGGUUUUCGAAAUCCUCAGGAUACAUCAUGCCAGACCUAGAGUUACAAUGUAUAUAAAUAGCCUGGCGAAUUCAUUUCAUCACCAGCAGCUGCUUGGAAUGGGGCUGAGGGGGAUACAAGUAUUGGCAAGAUCUUCUAGUAAUCAAGACUUUGUUUUGAAAUUCUGAUCUACUAAGAUGUGAUGUUCUCUCAACAGGAAACUUCAGAUUUUGCCAUUUGCAUUAGAUGCUAUGCCUUACUAUACUACAAAGCGUUUUGUCUUGGCUAUGGAAGAAUGGAAAAAGUUACUUGUACUGUAUCCAUACACCAGUUGAAGGCCUUUCACUGUAGAAUUUCUUUUUUUUUUUUUUAAUAUAAAUAUAUUUUACUUAAGACCAUAAUGCAAGGGUUUAAAAUAAACAAAUAAACACAGACACUUUGUCACACACACAUCAUCAAUAUAUGAACACAAUUCGCAACAUAUUGGAACAGAAACCUGUUUUCAGGCGCUUGAACAUACUUAGAAGUCCCUCCACAUCCCCUCCAAAGAAGAAAAUAUGGUAGGUAGACUGUGUUCUCCCUGGUGUCUUGUGUUGAGAGGGCAAGAGCUGCACAACCUUCCUUCCUGCUCCCCUCAGCUUGCUGACAGAAUGUGGCCUUCAGCUGCCAUCUGUUACUGUAAGUAGGGGUCACAUUCAUGUAACCAAAGCAUGUCAAACUCAAAGGCUAGCACGGUCCAAAUUAAGGUUUAUGUGAGCCGCAAAAAAAAAACUUUUCAUAGAAACGUAGGUUUGUUUUGAAAAGUACAGUAUAUAUUAAAAAAUAAAACGUUUCCUACUUUACUAAGCCCCAGUCCCCCGUCCCCCCCCAGACUAAUUCCCAGCCCCCCUUUCUACUAAACCCUGGCCCUUGUUUAACUAAAAAAAUAAAAAAUUAGCCAGCAAGCAGACUCCACUCACAUUGUAUUGCCGCUGCCAGUAUGCGACUCCAGAAUCCAGCCUCUGUUAUACCUCCAAUGGCGCCAUCCACACCCUGUGCCAAAGCGGAUCCUCCCGCUACUCCUCGAAAACCUGUGAAGAUAGAGCAUUUGUAUGUCAUGUCCGAAAGUGGCGUUGCGUGCCUCUGUGUACCUCCAGGUCCUCCACUGUCUAGCCGUGGCCAUCGCAACACUGACACACGCACUCACACACCAUUUUAUUUAUUAAUUUAUUGUUCCUUACAUUUGGCAUUUGGUGUGGGGCAUCACCCUAAGGUCCAGUGGGGAUCUUCUCCUACCCGCUCCUCACUGCCCCCUCAUGCGCGCAGUUUAGUGUUGCUGGAAUUAUGUCAUAUUUCGGCAUCACUACAGAGGGAGCAGUGACCUCUCCUCCCCGGCGGGGUAAAUUUCAGCAGAGUAGACACCUGCAAUGUGGGGAGAGCAGGUGCCUACUCUGCCUUGGUAAACAUGUCAAACUCUCAAUGAUAUUCAGUGUGGGCCGCUUGACAUGCUUGAUGUUAACCCAUUCUUCUGUUCACCAUCCGUAAAUAAGACAUGUUUCCCAGCUUCUAAAGAGAGAUGAAGGCCUGUGAUCUGUGAAGAGUGUUACUCUGAAUAUGUUGGCGUGUUAUAAAUGCCAGUUAUAAAUCGGGUCUCCCUGCACAACAAAAAGCAGAGACCCACACUUCCAGUUGCUACGCCUUGUGGAUCUGUAAUCAUUAGAGAUUUAGGACUACACAGCCAUAAGGAACAGGAAAUAAAGGUGUGUGUGUGUGUGUGUGUGUGUUUCACACAACAAAAAGACUUACAAAGAAAAUCUGUAAUGCACAGGACAAUUUAACUGCAUCUUAGAGGCAUGCAGGUUCUGUCUCUGUAAAAAGCACUGAAAUUAACAGGAUUGCUGGGUCUUCUCCAUAUGGAAGGAAAACCAACCAGAACGAGUAACGUUCAAGUGGAAUAGACUAGACUUGUGGCUAGGGGAUCGAUGUAUGUUUUUUGUUUGUGUGUCCAGCUAAUAUAUUUGCCAAAUAUACUGCAGCCCAAAUGUAAAUUGCAGCAGUUAAUUUAAAAGCAGUUUGGGGCUGUACAGCUAGAGUUCCCUGUUAUAGUGACAUCAAAGGGCAUUAUGGUUCUUUGUACCUGUGUUGAUACCAUAGUGCAAGCAGUCAGUUGACAGAGAGAAAGUGCUUUGUUACAAAAUCUAAUGGACGCCAACUAGUUUGCAUGUUUGUUUCCUGGAAUUUGAGGAAAUUGAACACUGAUGUUCCUGAUCAAAGAACUUUAACCAAUCAUUGUCUGCCCACUUCUCCUGAGAAAUAUUAACAUUUUAUCUUAAAAGCAGGUGGGGGAGAUAUUGUAUAGCAAAUGCAUGUAGCAGGAUAUUUUAAGGGAAGCUGGUGGUGAAGAGGUAGGUUUGCUAUCUGCAGUGUUGGUGGGUAGCUGGCUAUAUAUCUGUUUAAAGGAAUACUUUUAGUGUUUGGGAUACAGCUUUGUAUUCCUAAUACUAAAGUGUUCCUCUGCCCCCCUCUCCAAUACCAAUGUCAAGGUCCUUCAGUGCUGGCUCCUUCGCUCGACAUUGUGCCGAGUGGGAACUAAUGCACGAGUGCUAACGUCAAAGGGAUUUGACGACAUUGGAUGUCCCAGGGAUGUCAAAUUUAUAUUGAGCGCUGGGCGAGCAGUUUUUCUAUUCUUUUAGCCCUGCCACGGACUGCUGGGGUUGGAGGGGUUAAUAGUACGGUGAAUGGACUGUCCGCUGUGCCUAUAGUUGGCUGGGGCCACAUUAGACUGCUGGGGAUGGGGAGGUGUGAGGAGCAGCAGAUCCACUGAGAUAAUGGAUGCUGGGAUACCACAUGACGCCAUAUCACAAUGGCUGGCACUCUGCGCACUAAGGAAAGAAGUAAUUUUCUAUGUGAAAUAUGGAAUGUCACGGUGUGUGGGUUGAUGUAGUUUGUAUGUAAAUGGUCAGUGUGUGUGUGUGUGUGUGUGUGUGUGUUUUGAUGGUAAAGUUAGAGAAAAUAACCAGGCUAGCGAUUUUUUAUUUUUUAUUUUUUUUAACUCGGAUUCAGUUUUUUUGGAAUGUAAUCUAACAGGUAACCCUGUCAAUGUGCAUGGCUCUGGGCAAGCACCCCCAAUAUUUCUUAUUGAUCUUAUUGUGUCAAAACAAGUAGUUUAUUCUGAUGGACAAGUAGAUGUAUUUAUUCUUAAAAUUCCAAAACCUGUGUUCUCCAGCAAAACGCAAGGACGCCCAAUGUCGUGGUUAUCUAGUAGACAGCCACUAGAGGCAAUCUUAACCCCGCAAUACAAACACUGCAGUGUCUCUAACUGCAAUGUUUGUAUUGCACGUGUAAGGGGACAGGAACACUGCACCCAGACCACUUUAAUGAGAUUAAGUGUCCUGAUGCUUAUAGUGUGCCUUUAACAUGGUAGAAACUGUCGUUCCUCACUCUUUUUAUUUAUUUAUUUAUUUAUAUUACAUUUUCUACUUUUUAUAUCACAUUUAAAGAUUGUAUUUUCUAUGCUUUGACUGUGAGGCAUCCUGACAGACCAUACAAAGUGAUAUCACAUCCUCUGAGCAUGCUGCCUGUGUAUAGCUUGUUCCUGGUACAAAGAUACAGAGCACUACUACAUAGUGAGCUCUAUAUAAGCAAGAAAUUUUGUGCCCUUUUAUGAACUAUAUAAAGAUAGUAGUACAAACAAACAUAAAGUACUAGCUCGUUUCACUACACUAUACAGAGUGCAGAGUAACGUAAAGUUGAACUUAAAUGUGAUUAUGGUCCUAUUUUUAAAAACCAUCUUCUGGUCCGUGUUUGUGUGCUCAUCUAAUUUGUGUGAAUGGCUGAUAUGGUGUAAUUGUCAGCUUGGUAAAAAGCUAAAUAAAAACCCCUAUUCCCAUGUGAUUAGAGCAGGUCACCUAAACAGACGGAGAUGCGCACACCCACUGACACACACAUGCACACUUUUACAUAUACUCAUUAUUUUAUUAAAAUUUGUCCACCCAGCAUCCCUACCUUUUUUCUGAGAGCUGUAUUGGAUAUUGUUCCUGGGGUCCUGUUGGGCUGCACUAAUCCUCUUCCCGCUCAGCAUUUGCGUGUGGUUUAGUAUGCCAGGGCCAGAAUUGUCAUAUUCCAGCUGUAGGCAUCACAGGUGUGCAAGGGAGCAGAGCAGGAAGAGCACAGCUCCCUUGUUGCCUCUGCAUUAAGUAGGCCAUCCACCUCCAUCCCUUCCUCUAUCAGCUCUUCAUGCUCCAUGAGCCACCUGCCCACCCGGCCGCCUUCACUCUUCAUGAGCCGCCUACCUGCUUCCCAUCUCAGUCAGCCGGUCACCUUGGGGGCUGAACGGGCUCACAAGUCCCAGGCGUCUGGGAUUUGUCGAGCCCUGGUGUGCCAGUUUGGUUAACUGUGUAUCACCAAUUUAAAUUUUGACUAGCCCCAAAAUAAGGAAGUUUAUCUACCUCAGUGGUAGAGGUUUCACAUGUUUUUUUUUGUUUUUUGUUUUUUUUACCCCCUGAAAGGUCUGCAAGUAGCAUGAAUACUGUAUAAAAGGUAAAUGGGGUUGAGGUGAUGUCUCGCAUUAAUAAAUUCCUAUAAGGGCCAUGUAAAAAGGUCUUCAACAUUGAAAACAUUUGAGGUCUCAAGUGAAUUACAGGGGAAAAAAUGCCUUCUUGUGGCGACAUGGAAUUUCCAUUUGGCAAAGAUCUAGUAAUGGAAAGCAGAGAGGAAAUUGAUAGGUUAAAUCGACAAAAGGUUGAGUUUUGGACGUAGGCUAGUGUAAUGUAGAGACAUCCAGUGGAAAUUUGCAAUGAGAUACAGCUGAUGAUCCUGUCAUUAUUUUAGUAGAGCAUGUCAUGCGGGUGAUGGUGAAAGACUGUCUCACUGGUCGAAUCACUACUCUGGGCUGGAUUUUGUGACAUGUGAUGCUGUGUCUUCACAUGCCUUGAGCCUGAUCAGCUACGAGAUUGCUUAUAUUGUUCAUUGUAUAUGACAAAUAUCCCUUCCCCCAACCCCUUUUUUUUUAAUUUUUUUUUUUUUUUUUUUAAGGAUGUCUGGUGACAUACAAUAUUAGAAUUUUCAGGCCAUGAGUGGGACUCUGUGCACAUGUGGGAGCACUCUUAGACUGAAGAUUCUAGUUUUGCAAGUUUUUUUUUUUUUUAGAAUAAGGAUACCCUAGGAUGAACAAAUCUCUAACCAUGAAUAGUUAAAGAUGGUUGUUGUAGUCUUGACGUCACUAUUGGUAACUAAGAGACCAGCUAUUCCUUACGACAAGGGUGGGCAAUGUGCGGCCCUCCAGAUGUCUUGGACUACAUCUCCCAUAAUGCUAGCAAAGCAUCAAGGGAGAUGUAGUCCAAAACAUCUUGAGGGCCCCAGAUUGCCCACCCCUGCCUUACGAACAUGAACCAGUGGUAAUGCAUUUCUGGUACUUGGCUGUGUGUUUUUUUUGUUUGUUUGGUUUUUUUUUUCUUUCUCUUAAGCUUUAUUUGUAAUCAUUGUCAAUCUGAGUGUUUGCACGGGUCUACAGUUUUAUAUAUCUUCAAAAAUAACAAUUUCACUACAGUAUUCAGGAACAUACAACAUAGCUAAACCAUAAAAGAAGCAAUGUGCCAAUUAUACUUAAAGGACCACUGUAGUGCCAGGAAAACACUCGUUUUCCUGGCACUAUAGUGCCCUGAGGGUGCCCCCACCCUCAGGGUCCCCCUCCCGCCAGGCUCUGGGGGGAGGAAGGGGUUAAACGUACCUCUUUCUCCAGCGCUGGGCGGGGAGCUCUCCUCCUCCUCCUCGGCUGAAUGCGCAUGCGCGGCAGGAGCUGCGCGCGCAUUCAGCCAGGCCAUAGGAAAGCAUUCUCAAUGCUUUCUCAUGGACCCUGGCGUCCACUGUGAUUUUUCAAAGUGAGAAGCAUGCAAACGCCUCUAGCGGCUGUCAAGAGACAGCCACUGGAGGCUGGAUUAACCCUAACAUAAACAUAGCAGUUUCUCUGAAACUGCUAUGUUUAUUAAAAAAAAAAAAAAGGGGGGGGGGGCUAACCCUAGCUGUACCAGGCACCAAGACCACUUCAUUAAUCUGAAGUGGUCUGGGUGCCUAGAGUGGUCCUUUAAGCAAUAUGAAACUACCUGUAAUGUGCAUGUCUGUAUUAAGGAAAUGUGAUUGCUGUGCUGUCUUAUGUUAUACAAUGCAUUGUCCCGAACAACAUGUUAUGUAACCUGCACUCAAAAUUUUAAUAAACCUCAGUUAUGAAAAAUAAAUAUAACUAUUUCAUUUUUUAAUUUUACCCUGAUAAUUCUCAACAUUUGUAAGGAGAUAACAUUGAUAUACUCUUAACAGUUUGUUUUUUUUGUUGUUGUUUACAUUUGUAUUUACAACUACAUUUCAUGUGCAAAUUCCAUACAGCUUUGCAGAACAUACUUUAAAUUUUCUUCAAUCUCUACCCCUGCCCUCUCCCCCUCCCCCAAUAUGCUUUUAGAUUACCAUGGUAACUGGAUAGUUAAGCUGUAAUCGGGAACAGGGCUAGAAUAUCAUAUUCUUGGAAAUAUUGACAUUGAACACUUUCUAUAAACCACUGUAGUAAACGCCAGCUGCUUGGGUCUGCAUAUUCAGGAAGUGUCAAAGGUUGAAUAUUUUAUUGGCAGAACAGCAAUAAAAUAGUCAUGAGUUCUUACUAUUAUGAGUAUUUGCUGAGAAAGCCACGCAAUCUCGCCUGGAUCUGGUUACGAUUUCCAUAAUAUGGACCUCUGAAAUCCUUCCAUGAAUAUAGUGAGGCAAGCCGUAUGACUGUUUUUGUACCCAGCAUGCUCCAGACUUUUAAAAUUUGUUUUUAUUCUGUACCACAGGUGUGGUGGAAGGAGAUCUCUCUGCAGUGGAAGCUUAUAAGACCUCAGGAGGAGAUAUCGCAAGACAGCUGUCAGCUGAUGAAGUUCGUCUCUUGAACCGUCCUUCAGCUUUUGAUGUGGGUUACACCCUGGUGCACUUGUCAAUUCGCUUUCAGAGGCAGGACAUGCUCGCUAUACUUCUGACAGAGGUGAGCGAUAACACCCAUUCGAUUUGGAAUAAAAUUCUGUGAAAGACUCUUGUGUAAAGUGAUCUCACUAUUAUACCUAUUUUAAAAAUGUGUUCUGUAACGGAUCACCUGGCACCCCGACUGGGUACCUCCGUUGAUAGAUGCUCCUAGCGCUUCUUGAGGAUUCCAAGCACUCUAGCCGACACCACAACCACUGCAGGCCAAACCUCUCUUCCUUCAGAGCGAAGCAGGAACGAGCUCUUAAAAGAGCUUAGGAGUGAUUAUAGCAAGGUAAUAUGCAGAGCAUAGCAAUCCCUUGUAGCAGAUUCCCCCAAAAAGAGACAGGACUCCAAAUUGAGAGUGAAGUAGAACUGUCUAAAACUUUAUUUUACUUGGGACUAACCCAUAUGGUCAUUACAUUAAAAUUGCUGUGAAAACUCAAUAAAAUUACAAACAGUCAAAUCAUAGCAGGCAACAUACAGUGACUUAUUAUAACAUAAUUACAUAUUUAUAAAUGGGUGGGGAAGAACAUAAUUAACACAACAUGUCUCUCCUGCAUGCAGAAUUAGCAAUAUGCAAAUCUACCUGAAUAUGCAAAUGACCAGUCUUGCUAUUCAGGUAGUGCAUAUUACUGUUGCUACCAAAAGAGGGCACUACACAAGCUCCAUAGUCAAAUCCACCUAGUUGGUAGCAAUCCUCAGCAGUACAGGAGAGCAGGCAAUACAUCCCAGGUGCCAUAGUCACAUGGCAGGAGGCUGGCAAUCAGUCUUCUCCAAUGCCCAGUGGCGAGGCUGGUUCCGCCACAUGUUCUUUAUAAAAACCAUGGUGCUUUCAGAAUAGAUUAAAUUUAAGUCUCCCCUCCCCUUGCUUCAUACAUUAGCGCAAAACUCACCCUUCAUUCAUUUUUAGGUAUUUUGUAUGAUUUCACACUGCGUGUCUAUAAAUAAAGCAAACAAAUUAUACAUUACCACCCAAAAUAAGGGAACAAUGUUUGGGGAUUUGGCAAAAUAGUAAAAUAUUAUUUGAGUGAAAUAAAACUUCUAUGUUGCGGUUUGUCAUUCUGAUUUGAUUUUAUGUGCUAUAUUUCGGGCAUAUAUAUCGGUUUCAUGCCAAUUGCAGAAAAAUAGUCUUUGUACUUUUAUAAUUCCGUUUUCAGCAUGAAAAGUAGACUAAAUGAGCCUGGUUUUGCUUCUCAGGUGUUUAUUUUAAUAGGAGUGCAUUGUUUAAUAGAAUUUUUAAAAUGUGGGGCUGAAAUUUGAGACUCUUUCAAAAGGACUAAUACAAUUUAAUUUAUUUAAAGCAACGUUUUAAUUGAUGCUUGGAUGGCAUCACUUGUUUCCUUGCCACAGCAAACUCAACGCUACUCACCUAGCAGCCUGACCAUAUUCCAUGGUAUCCCUCAAUUACCAGCCCGCCACUAGAUGAUGCAUAGCUCUCCCAACUUGAUAGCUAAACACUGGACAAGGCACAGUGCAGGGACAAGGCAACCUGUUUAUUGAAUAGGCAGGAUAUUUAGACGGUACAAAUUACAUAUAGGAAUGGCAAACAUUACAUUCCAGGGAACUGAUGGAAGAUUCCUGUGGAUAAAUGUACUGGGUUAAUACACACAGCUGGUACCAAGAUGUCUGGGUUAUGCUAAGCAAAUUAGUGAGGAUGUUAAUCCCCUUGUUUUCACGCAGGAAGAGACCAAGUUAAAAGGGAGCUCCCCGAAUCUGAGGUACUGUUGGUAAAGUUAUCCCUAAGACACCUACCCUUCAUUGGACAAGCAUCCAGGUCACUGGGGGUAGAGUAACACACAAGAACAUCAAAGGGCACUUACGAUAUUGGUGCCUAACAUCUGUGCAUGUAGAACAUGUACUUGUAUGUUUGAUUGUGUCUCUGAAGCUAGCAAGGGCCAAAUAAACAAACAAACAAGAUUUAAGUUUAUGUGGGCCGCAAAAAAAAACCUUAUAUUUUCAUAGAAACGUAGGUUUAUUUUGAAAAGUACUCUAUAAAAAAAAAAACCAGCAUCCCCCUCUACUAAAUCCCAGCACCCCCUCUAGCCAACAAGCAACCUCCACUGACAUUGCUGCUGCCAGUAUGCGACUCCGGAGCCCGGCCUCUGGUAUAUCCCUAAUGGCGCCGUCCACACCCUGUGCCAAAGCGGAUCCUCCCUCUACUUGUUGACACUUUGUGAAGGUGGAGCAAGUUAACAUCAUGUUGGAAUGUGACGUGGCUUUGCGUGCCUCCGUGCACCUCCAGGUCCUCCACUGUCCAGCUGCGGCCAUUACAACACCGACCUGACAAACUUACUGACAGGCGCGCACACACAUUGACAGAUGCACGCACGCUUUCUUGUAAUAAUUCUUGGGGUCCAGUGGGGAUCUCCUUCCUGCUCCUCACUGCUGUAGUUUAGAGAUGCUGCGUGCCGGAAUAUGACGUCAUAUCCCAGGCGCCCGGCAUCACCACAGACGGCGCAUGAUGGAGCAGUGAGAAGCAGGAACAUUGAGCUCCCUCGCUGCAUCCACCGUCCCCUUCCCCCCCCCCCCAACCGGGUAAACUAUAGCAGAAUAGGCACCUGCAAUGUGGGGAAAGCGGGUGCCUACUCUGCUUGGAACACUAGGCAAUUAGGUAUGUACUCGCCGGGCCGCGAGUUUGACAUGCUUGGCCUAAGGAGAAAGGUGCAUAUAUGGUCGGCCAUACUGGUCAGAUUUUAUAAAAAUAUUUUUUUUUUGGUCAGAGAACCGUAAAGUGGAGGGAAGAAUGUUGAAUAAUCAAACAUAUCGUAUUAUUUCAUUGAAUCUCGCUAAUCUCUAAUAUAUUAAAUGCUUAUGAUUCAGUUUCCUACAGAAUGUUAGCUAUUUAAGUGCAAUAAUACUAAUACAAAUACUAUGCAUUCCCCUUAAGUAAUAUUCGUUUAAGUUCCUCAAAACACAUCUUUCCAGAAAUGCUUAUGGCCUCACAGAGUAACUUCUAUUUCACAAAUCUCUCUUGCACCUCCUAAAGGGCCACACUUGACUCUCACUUCCAGUUCUGCUACUUUCCCACCUUGUUUGCUGUCCCCCCUUAUACUUCACUCUUCUAGACUGUAUGCUCGUCUGAGCAGGGUCCUUCUAUUGUUCCUGUAACAUUUUGUAAUUACUUAUUGUAAAAUUUCCCUUUCAUGAUAUUAUACAGCACUGCAGAGUAAGUUGAUGCUAUUUAAACACCAGUAAUAAUACUAUUCGUUCCCCAUAGGUAAUAUUCUUCAGACUUAAUCCUUCCUGAAUCAGUGUCUUCAGUUUGUCACGUGUCCAUCUAGAUUAACCAUUUGUGCACAAAAAUGCUUCUGUUGAUGUUUUAAUGAACCUGUAAUGAAUCUUCCUAGUACCUGUCCUAACUCCUUUUGAGCUGCAGGGGAGAAUUUGCUUUACAGGAGAAAAGUCUAUGGUUUAGAGGGUAGCUAGCUAGCCAGGCCUUUUGCAUGCCACACCGUCUUUUGCUGGUAGGGCAUGAAGGUUCUCAGGUACCCUCACAAACUAGGUCAUAACAGCAUCCACUGAAAGGGGACUUCUGUCCGUGAAUCAAUGCAGAUGUUAUGCCAACGUGCAGCAUCUUGCCUAUUUAAUAGCUGUAGCUCUAUAGAACCUGCCGUAACUAAACCUACCCUGUCUGCAUAUGUUCUUUCAUGGAUUAUUUUGCUUUGAGACAAUUUGUUUUUGGUCCCUAACUGAUUAUUUAGCCAAUCACAAGUCAGAGCACUGCUGUUCUUCUGAUCUUUGUAAGCUUUUAUCCACUUCAAAGCACUUAUACCAGUGUGUUUGGGCUAAUUUUUUUUUUUUUCUCUCCAUCAGGUUUCUCAGCAUGCUGCUAAAUGUAUCCCUGCCAUGAUUUGUCCAGAGCUUACUGAGCAAAUAAGAAGGGAGAUUGCGGCGUCUAUGCAUCAGAGGAAAGGGGACUUUGCCUGUUACUUUUUGACAGACUUGGUAACCUUCACGUUACCUGCAGGUAUGAUGAUUUCGUUAUUUAUAUUUAACAAAUACUCUCGAAUAAUGAUUUGUGUUUUGAUCUGUUUAAAUGCCUGAUAAAGGUGGUAAAUUUAGCUACAUCUGUUCGUUUGAACUUUUGGCCAAAACAUGUAGUCCAGUGUGGGUGGUGGCUUGGCAAAGGUUGAUGGGUACACAAUUUUUUUUUAAUUUAUUUUUUUAGUGGUUGACCAUAAUGUAAUGAGGUUUGGCUUAAUGAAAUCCUGUGCACAGGUAGGAACACAUGAUAAACAUGUGUUGUAAAUUCUCCGCCUGCCUCCACCCCAUAUUAGUCACGUAGCAGUGUUUUACUGUACCCAAACUCUCCUCUAGUCUCACUGCUAUGUAGAAGUUGGUUAUGCACAGCAGAACUUCCUUGUACAUUUCAUUCUAUUCAGAGGUUGUAAUUCACACGUUAGAAAUACAUCUACUAAAUCUGUGAUGGUUAAGAAAUAGUUUUUUAAACUUGAUUUUAGAAGGGAUCUGUAUCCUUCAUUAGAGUUAACACAUAUUGAAGCAGAAAUUGAAAUUUUCAUCUUGUUUUGUAACUUUUUUCCACAAUUUGGUUAGGCUGUUGACCAUUGUCUGGAUUCUGUUGGGUGGGUGGACAGCGUAAAAUCAGGAAAUUUUGCAGAGAGUAUACACUGUAAACUAGGUAUUUGAGGACUAUUGAAGAGCUUGCACAAUCAGCCUGCCCAAGCACACUUCAAUUUUUAGAGUCAUCGGUUCUAUUUAUCUACUGCACCUAUAUCUAAUACAUGCUGUUUGAAAAUUUUAUAUAUAUAUAUAAUAUAUUGUAACAUGGUGUAAGUGUCAUUACUUACAAUAUUUGAUGUAACUUUUUAAAGAGUACAAACUUUUUUUAUUUUUUUUAUUCUUUCUUUAGUCACCAUCCAAAAAUAUUACAGACCUCACAUUAUGUGCAAAAAGUUGUACGAGAUGCCAUAACAACAAUAUAGACUAGAGAGUAUUGUAGCGUAACAUUAGGAUUGAGGAUUUUGUUAAUUAAAAGUAAGAUAAUAUCAAGUGAGCGUUGUAUUGUACUGCAUAACAUUCAGCAAGGUAUGUAGUGGGGUUAGGAGCAUAAGAUGCCUCCAUGAAAGGGAGUUGAGACUUAAGGGAGAGUAACCUGCAUGGAGGAGACAUUUGUGAAGUAUGAGUUCCUUAGUAAGGGAGGACAUGGAUCUCCUCCAGUCCAUGGUGGCUUUAGACAAAUCUGGAAAGAAAGUCAGAAAGUGCUCCUAAAAUCUGUGUUUUAUUACGGACCGCUGCCAUAAGAGUCGGUCCUGGCUCUGCUGAAACCGGACGAUAAUGUCCCUGCUAGUCCCAGUGUCGCCAUUUGUCUGCUUUGGUAUCCAGAACCAGCCGUCCAGUGGCAUGGCUUUUGCCUGUUUGGUGCUGAAGAGGUGGAUAAGUAGCCUGUGGAAGAAAUGAGGGAGUUCUCCUGUCUCUAUUUUAUCUGUUAAGCCGCGUAUUUUCACGUUCCUCAAACACCUUUUAUCUUCUAAGGCUGCCAUAAGGUCUUGAGUUUGUGCCUGAGAACGGUGCAGUGCCUGUAGUUUGUGUUCUAGACUGGAGACAAGGGUUUCAUGAGCCGUAGUAUUCAGCUCUGUGGUGUGUAGUCUUGCUGAAACUUUGAUUUCCGAUUUUCCCGAAAUUAGCCUAUAUUGGCUGCAAUGUUUCAGCGGAGCUCUUCUAAGAGGUCUAUCUGCUUCUCCUCCGUGACUGAUUGCUGUGCCCAUGGCUUGAGAGGUGAGGCAGGAUAUCUUCUUACCAGUUGGGUCACAGGUAAACUUUCCGCAAGGGAAGCCUCGCUAGAUGCUCGGGAAGGCCCAUCCGAUGGUGACGCCAUUACAGGCCCCUGGGGGUUUUGUUGCCUCCACAGUAGAUCGCCUAUAUUGGCAGUUGCCGGAGGUUUGUCAGCUUUAUAUUUCUUGCUUCUGCGUCCCAUUCCUGGGACAAGGGGAUUGUAACGGACCACCUGGUACCCCAACUGGACACCUCAGUCAACAGAUGCUUCCUAGCUGAUGCCGAGGGCUAUAAGCACCGCAUCGGACACCACAAGCACCGCAGACUCCACAACCGCCGUAGCUUAACUGGAAUCUCGCAGUCUUCCUCCUACCCUGGACCAACGGCUGAUAUCCAGGACCGUGUGGGAAAUACCUCUCCUCCAGGAAAGCAUAACAGGAACAGCUCUUACAAGAGCUAGUGAUUAUCCAAGGGAGUAUACCGAGUAUAGCAAUCCCUGGUAGUGAUAUAGCGGUUUCCCCCAAUAAGAGACAGAACUCAGUAUUGAGGGUGAAGAAGUCUGUUUAAUGGAAGCCACAGCUGUCCUUUUAUGCAGGUUUCUCAACAAGGGUGACGCCCAGGUGGACCUUGUUGGGCAAAGGCACACAAAGUGAAAACAAUGAAAACAAUGUGACAAUGAAUGACACUCCCACAUACAGUACACAAUCCCUCCCAUAUGCCUGUGAUAUAAUUAAGGCAGAUAAUGCGUUAACUUAAUUAUUCCCAAGCAGAAAAAACACACGUUUAUAAAGUACCAUAAGUACCCCAAAACACAACAUAUCCCCGUAAAUCACAUCCCCUGAUAGCCCUGAUCUGGGUGAACAACAUAUCCCAAAAUCACCCAGAUCGGUUCAGUGGUUCAGGAAUUUCCUGCAGGUCAUAGUUUUGACCCACCGUGCACAUGGUCCAUGCCCAAAACAGUUCCAGAGAAUUAGGGCUGACAGUCGGUCUCUCUGGACUACAAAAGUACAUACUUCACAUGAACAGAGCGUUUUAAAGUGCAUUGGGAAAGGUAUAUUGCAGGGCCCGUAGUCCUGAGGCUGGCCAGCAGGCCCCUCCAAAAGCCAGGGGCGACGUGGCUUUUGCCACAGGGAUCAGGGCAAGUUUGGGUAAGAGAAAUUUGAAAAAUUUGCUUUUUAUUUAGUUUUUGUAGAUUUUCGUCCGGAGCAUGACAGAAAUGUGUCCUGUCAGUAUGGCCGCUGGCUCUCCCCCCAAAGAGUACAAGUUUAGCUCUAUGUGGUACAAACUAAAUUGCUUGAAAAUCUAGGGAUAAAAAACCCAAUCUUCUUGAGGUUCACUUUCAUAGUCUUUCAUAGUCUUCCAUAUGCUGUAAAGGCUACUCAUCAGGUCUGAAGUGGCUGGUCAUGAAGUCAUCCCAUAAUUGUACGAUGCUGAACGUGUAACUUUAAAAUUGCCUGCACACACAUUUUACGAUGCUGAACGUGUAACUUUAAAAUUGUCUGCAUUGGAAGGGAAGACCUGAUACUGUUAAAUGGUGAGAUUUAAGUUGUGUAUUAACAUGGAAGAGUAUGCAACCUAAGGCUUUCUGGUAAUUAAAGGUCCCAUGAUCUCUUGCCUCCAUAGCUUGCACAUGAUCAUGGAAUUUGGUAUUCACCAAUGCACAAGGGGUGCAUAUACAGAUUAUUCUAGGUAAUCUUUUGUGGAGGAUUUUUCCUUUAUCCAUGGCUGAACAGCCUUAAGUCGCUAUCUGCCGUUUAGAAAUGCUUGCCAUCAAAAUUAAUUCAUGUCUUGUUUCUCAUCAGAUAUUGAGGAUUUGCCUCCUACUGUUCAAGAGAAGCUUUUUGAUGAAGUUCUGGACCGAGAUGUGCAGAAAGGUAAUAAAUACAUUGUGUGCUGAAACUAAGCAGGUGGUUGAUAUCUGGGUCAAAAUAUAUUAAAUAAAUAAAAUUAAACAUCUCAUGACAAGUAUAGAUCCAAUAAUUUAGGAGCUCAAAACGUGUAAUAACUGGCAAUUUUUUAUUAAUAUAUUAUAUAUAAAAAAAAUUUUUUUUUUUUUUUUUUUUUAAGAGCAUCACUCUGUUUAGUUGAAAAUAUUGCAGACUUGAAGCAGUAAUACAAAUAAUUCUUGGACAAACCCCAAAAUGUCUGAAGUUGCACAUGUUCAGUUAACAGACUUAAGUGUUCAGAGUCUCCAGAUAGAAAAUCACUUAGAUUUUUAAAAUUCUUUUCAUUGCCAGUGUAAUCUAUUCCUGUGUGCUGAACACAGUUUUUUUCUAUUUCCUUUUAUCCUAGAGCUAGAGGAGGAAUCUCCUAUUAUUAAUUGGUCUCUGGAGCUGGGCACCCGUCUGGACAGCAGACUUUAUGCACUUUGGAACCGCACGGCGGGAGACUGCUUGCUUGACUCAGUACUUCAAGCAACGUGGGGCAUCUAUGACAAAGACUCGGUGCUAAGAAAGGCUCUGCAUGACAGUCUUCAUGACUGCUCUCACUGGUUAGUUAAGCAAUGGUGCUAUUAUACAUUAACAGCAAUAUUCACGGAGUUAUAUUCAAAAUUCAGCGUCGAACACAUGCACAGAUCAACCAAACCAAAGAUUGAAAAGUUUUGUGUUUAUGUUUAGGCCAUAUGUUUCCUUGUUGGUUGUCAUCUGCUAGAAUUUCCUUUUUGCUGUAACCAUUUUCCUUUUUUCUGUGUUCAUCUUUUGACUGUCUGUUUGCAGGUUUUACAGCCGAUGGAAGGAGUGGGAGUCGUGGUACUCUCAGAGCUUUGGAUUACAUUUCUCUCUACGAGAGGAACAGUGGCAGGAAGACUGGGCUUUUAUUCUGUCAUUAGCAAGCCAGGUAAGGAGAGCCUGUGUUCCACCACCAUUCCAAACCAGAAAUUGACACUCAUUUGACUAAUUCAGGGAAGUGUUUGCAUCAUUUUAUUGUAUUCCUUGAUCUGGGAUCUAUUACAAAAGAUGAAAACCUCUCUGGCAACUGGAUAGCUAUUUUCCAGUGUAUGUCAAUAGAUAUGCUAUUCUGUUUUCAGAUUUAAGUGCAUCUCUCAAAAAUCCAGCCCUACAGCUCAUGAUAAAUAUUCUCCCCCUUUCCUUCCAUGUACACACAUUCUAGGUGUAUUUAUUUGCAUGUAGGUCAAAUAAAAGUGACACUUUCUCUGUGGAGAUCCUCCCCUGUGAGGCUGUUAACCUCUACAACAAGUCGCUAAAGAAAAGCCAAGCAUGAAUUAUAGAAGAAUGCUUUCCUCUGGGCAUAUGCAGUACUGCUGCUAGUCUGUGCAUGGACCUGAGUGCUUGCAUGCACGCUGAAACAGUGCGUGCAAACACGUUCAGCAUUCCUCUUCUUGUUGGAAACAGAAGCCAUAUUAGGUGCUCAAUUCUACAGAUUUCUUACAUUAUAUGCUCCAUGGAACAUGUUAAGUAGAUGUUGUAUUACAUAUCAUAGUUACUAAAACACCAAUAAUGUAGAUGUAGCGGAUCGACUAUAUUAAAUCCCACAAAUUCCGCUGGUACAUACAGUAAUCCACAGUCAAGCGCUGAAAAGUAAUGCAAUAUCCCAAAUCCCACAGUAACCGGACGAAACACAGUUCUGGGAGUCAACUGAGGUCUUUAUUUGCAGCUCCAGUAUUUAUGCAAGUCCCCAUGCAAGGGGUUUCCAUACUGUCAUAGCAGGGGUAACACAGUAAGGGACUACAUGGGGGACUUCACAUUCUGGGCGUUUCUCCCAUCAGGCACUGCUGCACGAGAGGGACACUUCCACUGGAAUGUACUGUUAAGUGGAUUAUCCCUCCGUGCAGCAGAACCGGCAGUUUACUUUAAAAUAUCUAUCUUUCUCAAUACUUGGUUGAUUUACACGAAUGGACGUUUGGUAGAUAGCUGGGGUCUGAGCACAUAGUUCGUGAGAUUACCGCUCAGACCCCAGCUAAAACAACCGAACGCCGCACGAAAAACAUAUUCAUCGUAACAUACACUUAAAAGACCGAUUGGUAUACGGGGAGUAAAAUACCGAAGAGCCCGGAACUCCCGAACGGCCUGGAAGCCCAGCGGUGUUCGCGCCGUCGAGUAGCCGUUUUCAGUACCACGCGCUCGACGACCGAACACCGCUGGAGAGUCAAAGGAUCCAAGAUGGCCGACCGCCGCGUGGUCCGUAGUCUAACGACGGCCACCUAGGAGAGUCUCUAAUUGCCGAUUGCAACAUUGACUAAUAGUCUCUUAGUGUGUGGGCUAUUAAAGGAUAGUUCAUUCGGUUCACGAACAGCCCACAAAGGCGCUGUUCGUGAAACGAAAUAGAAUACAGCUAUCUGCUUUCGGCAGAUAGCUAAUACAGGCAAUACAACAUACAGGAUACAGCAGAUUACAACUAGGACAUAUACAAUUGCAGGAAAUAUACAGGCAACCCUUAAAACCAUAUUGUCUGUUUAGUCCAAGUGGCUAGGUUUGCCACAAUGCUCCCCCAGAACCAAGCCGGCAUACACAGUCUGAUCCUAACGGAUUGGCUUGGGGAUGUCCGGAGGAGGGCUCACAGAUCACAUUUCAAAGUCAGUCUGUCGAGAUAACCCGUCGGCGUUACCGUUUUGUUUCCCGGGGCGAUAAUGGAUUGUAAAGUCAAAAGGCUGCAGCGCCAAACUCCAGCGCAGCAGCCUGGCGUCUCCAGCCACACCAACGGGUUGUGAUCUGUGAACAGUGAAAAGGGUUGCCCAUAGAGAUAUGGUUGUAACUUUUUCAGGGCCCACACCACGGCCAGGCAUUCUUUCUCAAUGGCGGCGUAGCUCACUUCUCGGGGUAACAACUUCCGGCUUAAAUAAGCUACAGGGUGUUCUCUGCCAUCUGCUCUAACUUGGCUCAGUACUGCUCCCAAUCCAAACAUUGAAGCGUCUGUGUGGACAAGAAAGCGUUUAGUUGGAUCAGGAGCAGCAAGUACAGGUGCAUUAGUUAGAGCCGUCUUAAGUUGGGUAAAUGCCUGUUCACACUCUGGGGCCCAGACGACCUGUCGGGGUAAGUUCUUGCGAGUCAGGUCAGUCAGGGGUUUUGCCAGGGCACUAUAAUUGGGCACGAAUUUUCUGUAGUACUAUCCUGCGGUACACAGGAAGGCGAGUACUUUGGUCUUGGUCCUAGGGGUGGGCCACUUGGCUACGGCUUCAAUUUUAGCUGGCUCGGGUUUUUGUUGCCCGCUUCCUACCCGGUGGCCUAAGUACUGUAUUUUCGGCCAUCCCUAUGUGACACUUGCUAGGCUUCAGUGUCAACCCUGCCUCUCUAAUACGGUCAAUUACCGCCCUUAUGUGUUGUAAAUGCUCUGCCCAGGUGUGGCUAUAUAUGGCGAUAUCGUCCAGGUAUGCGCAUGCAUAAUCCUAGAACCCAUCCAGUAGCCGAUCUACUAUCCGCUGAAAGGUCGCCGGGGCGUUCUUCAUCCCGAAUGGCAUGACCUUAAACUGAUACAGGCCAAACGGGGUGACAAACGCCGACUUGGGGAUGGCAUCCUCGGCUAAUGGAAUCUGCCAGUAUCCCUUACAUAAAUCUAUGGUGGUAAGAUACUGGCCUCUUGCCAUCCUAUCCAGCAGCUCGUCUAUCCGGGGCAUCAGGUAGGCAUCAGACACAGUUUUGCCAUUUAGCCUCCGGUAGUCCACACAAAACCGGGUUGUACCAGGACUACCGGCGAUGCCCAGGGGCUAUCAGAGUGUUCAAUAACCUCUAACUGCAGCAUCUCCUCAAUCUCCUUCCUCAUGUGUUCCCUGACUGAUUCAGGGAUCCGAUAUGGGGUCUGCCGCUUCGGUAGCUGUCCAGGGGUUUCAACUCGGUGAGUGGCCAGCGGAGUGUACCCAGGCAAGUUGGAGAAAGUGGCGCCUUUCGCCGCUAUCAACUCCUGUACCUGAGCUCGCUCUUGAGUGCUUAGCCGCUCCCCCAGUUGAACCCCCUUGGAGGGCUCUGCCUGCUCGUCUCGCUCUAACAGAUCGGGUAGUGGCAGAUUCUCCUGAUCUUCUGAGGCUGGUGUGCAUAUGGCGGCCACGUCCUCGGUCCUCUCCUCCCUGUCAUACCAGCGGCGCUGUCAUUGCUGGGCCGCCUGGAGAUUGGUGCGUACGGCCUGGGUUAAGUCCUCCAGGCGGUCCCUGAACUCUAGCACGUAUGGUACAAUAGGGGUCCCAUCUGCGCUACUCUCUCCCUCCCAACGGUCCCCUCACUCUUCUCCCAAAUAAUAAUUCAAACUGGGAAAAACCUGUCGACUCUUGGGGUACUUCUCUAUAUGCGAAUAGCAAAUGGGGAAGAAAUCGUUCCCAGUCCUUAUGGGCCUCUCCAAAACGUACGGAGCAUCUGCUUCAGGGUACCAUUGAAUCUUUCGCAUAAGCCGUUGGUCUGGGGGUGAUAGGCAGAGUUGUCGAUCGGCUUAAUGCCACAUAUCCUCCACAAUUGCUGGGUGACUAUCCUCCACAAUUGCUGGGUGACUAUCCUCCACAAUUGCUGGGUGACUAUCCUCCACAAUUGCUGGGUGACUAUCCUCCACAAUUGCUGGGUGACUAUCCUCCACAAUUGCUGGGUGACUUCGGCCGUGAACUGGUUCCCCCUAUCAGAUAUUCUCUCCUGAGGAAACCCUACUCUGGAAAAGACUUUCAUCAAGGCCUCGGCCACCGUUUCGGCUUGAAUAUUAGGCAGGGCGAUGGCCUCGGGGUACCGGGUGGCGUAGUCCACCACGGUCAGGAUAUACCUCUUCCCGGAGGGACUAGGCUUAGGUAAUGGUCCCACUAUGUCAACGGCCACUCUGCUAAAGGUCUCCUCAAUAAUGGGCAGGGGGCACAGUUUCGCUUUGUGGCGGUCCCCCCUCUUACCUACUCGCUGACCAAUAUCACAUGAGGUGCAGUAAUGCCUCAUGUCUUUGGAGAUACCUGGCCAGAAAAAGACGUGUGUCCGCCGAUAACGUGUACGGGUCAUUCCUAAAUGGCCAGACAGGGGGAUAUCGUGAGCUAUCCUAAGGAGCUCCUGCCUAUAUUUUUGGGGGACCACUAACUGUUUGGUGUGUACCGUGACGGAGCCUCCUAUUACUCUCUCUGCUACCCGGUAUAACAGACCUUUCUCCCAGAUAUACUGCUCCCCCUCUAACCAGGCCUGAUCGGUGCUUACCCUAUCCCGGUAUACCUGCAACGUGGGGUCUGACUUAACCUUGGCUUCAAACGUGGUCGGGGUAUCCUAGGUCAUGCGGGUCAUGGUCUCUUACCUGAGCCUCAGAGUGCGUUGGUGGAACCGUGGUGCGAGCCUGCUGCCGGGUGGUCACAGGAUGUGCUUCUUGCAUAGGGGCCUGGGGUAUAAAUGCGGAGGUCAUCCGGCCCAAGUCGUUCCCCAAUACCACAUCCGCAGGUAAUUUUUCAUAAUGGCCACUUCCACUACCCCCUCCCCAGCACCCCAGUUCAAAUGUACCUUUGCAGUGGGCAGGCGGUACAUUGCUCCCCCGCCACCCGUACUGCCACAGACCCGCCAGUGUGAGCGGUACCCGGAACCAAAUGUGGAGCCACCAGAGUCAAUGUGGCUCCUGAGUCACGCAGUCCCUGUACUUCUUUGCCUUCCACAGUCUCUAGUUGGCGAUGAUGUUGCCGGUUGUCAGUGGCUUGUACAGACAUCACCUCGUGCAGGAUGCCCAGGGGUUCCUCUGCCUGGAUGCUCAGCAGUUCUUGGGUGUCAGGUUCCACCUGGUAGUGAUGGGCCGCCGCCCUUGGUGCUGGGUUCUGCCUCACUUGGUUCCAGGCUUGUCGGCUCCGGUUCUGGGUGCAUUCUCUAGACAUAUGUCCCCACUGUCGGCAGGUAUGGCACUGGAUGUUGGACCUGCCGUUGUAGCGGGAGGGAGGUGGUUGGUUCCCUUGGACCGGUCUAAACGGAGUGGGGUUGGAGGUUGCGGGCGUGACUGUGCUAGGUUGCAUAGGGGGUCGAGUGUAGCUCCGAUUAACUGGCCCAUGAUGCCUCCUUGCAUCAAAAUGUUGAUUGGCCAAUCUGGCUGCUUCAGGUAGGAUGAGAGGUUUGCGGUACCUCACCCAUUCUUGUGCUUCUGGGGACAAUCCAUUGAAAAAUUGUUCCAAUAACAUGAGUUGGCGCAAUUCCUCCAUGGUGGUGGCUUGGCUCGCCUGUAUCCACCCCUGCGAGGCUUGGUCUAGCUUGUGUGCCCAUUCCGCGUAUGAAUCUUUUUCCGGUUUGCGCAAUCCUCUGAACUUGCGCCGAUAAGCUUCUGGCGUAAUGGCAUACCUCUCCAGUAUAGCCCUUUUUACUUUUGCAUAGUCUUUGCUGUCCUCCCUGGGGACAGCGCGAUAGGCUUCUGCUGCCCGCCCCGCCAGUUUUACUGCCAGCAGGGGUACCCAUACUGCCUGUUCUAAGUCGUGCAGGUCACAUAGCCUUUCAAAGUCCUGCAGGUACCCAUCGAUCUCAUCCUUCUCCUCACAAAACAUUUUGAAGGCAUGAUAGGGGAUUUUCGGCUUUACCUGACCGUAGAUGGAGGCAGUGAUGGAUUCUGCCCUGGACGGUGCCUCCUGUGGGUGGUGUGCCAUCACGUAAUCCUGCACAUCAGCCAUCAGGACCGUCAGGAUGUCCAGGGGUACUGGCUGUGGUAGAAACUCCAUCUGGGUUCGCAUUUCCCUUUGGUAUUGGGUUUCUUCCCUGGCUGGUGGGGGUGUGCUGUUGUGAGCUCUGUCUCCCUCCAUUAGUUCAGCGAUCAGCACGGCUUUGGACUUGUUGCUGGCUAUCUUCCCUCUAGCUUCCAGCAGUUCCUUUAGUGUCUGCCUUUUCAGUGUAGCAUAAUCCGUCUCCAUUCACUGUUUUCUUUCGGCUCUUUGCUGCAUAUGAAUUGCCAUUCCCUUUUUUUGUUCGGUUAUUUUUCAUCCGAACGCGCUUUUCGGCUGUAAGGUUGGAUCCCGUCGCUUGCCACCAAUUGUAGCGGAUCGGCAAUAUUAAAUCCCACGAAUUCUGCUGGUACAUACAGUAAUCCACAGUCAAGCUCUGAAAAGUAAUGCAAUAUCCCAAAUCCCCCAGUAACCGGACGAAACACAGUUCUGGGAGUCAACUGAGGUCUUUAUUUGCAGCUCCAGUAUUUAUGCAAGUCCCCAUGCAAGGGGUUUCCAUACUGCCAUAGCAGGGGUAACACAGUAGGGGACUACAUGGGGAACUUCACAUUCUGGGCAUUUCUCCCAUCAGGCACUGCUGCACAAGAGGGACACUCCCACUGGAAUGUACCGUUAAGUGGAUUAUCCCUCAUGCAGAACUGGCAAUUUACUUUAAAAUAUAUUUCUUUCUCAAUACUUGAUUGAUUUAAACAAAUGGACGUUCGGUAGAUAGCUGAGGUCUGAGCACAUAGUUCGUGAGAUUACCGCUCAGAUCCCAGCUAAAACAACCGAACGCCGCACGAAAAACAUAUUCAUCGUAACAUACACUUAAAAUACCGAUUGGUAUACGGGGAGUAAAAUACCGAAGAGCCCGGAACUCCCGAACGGCCUGGAAGCCCAGCGGUGUUCGCGCCGUCGAGUAGCCGUUUUCAGUACCACGCGCUCGACGACCGAACACCGCUGGAGAGUCAAAGGAUCCAAGAUGGCCGACCGCCGCGUGGUCCGUAGUCUAACGACGGCCACCUAGGAGAGUCUCUAAUUGCCGAUUGCAACAUUGACUAAUAGUCUCUUAGUGUGUGGGCUAUUAAAGGAUAGUUCAUUCGGUUCACGAACAGCCCACAAAGGCGCUGUUCGUGAAACGAAAUAGAAUACAGCUAUCUGCUUUCGGCAGAUAGCUAAUACAGGCAAUACAACAUACAGGAUACAGCAGAUUACAACUAGGCACAAAUACAAUUGCAGGAAAUAUACAGGCAACCCUUAAAACCAUAUUGUCUCUGUUUAGUCCAAGUGGCUAGGUUUGCCACAGUAGAACAUCAUUAUUGUGCUACUUUUUAUCUUUUUGAUCCAAAAAAAGAGCAGCGAUCUGUUGUGAACAUUGCUUGACAAAUAGAAUGCGGGAAGCUUUAAUUUAUAAAGCCACACUAAAUGUGCCAGGAGCAAAAGACUGAGCCAAAUACACGGCAUGUUUUUGGGCGCUCUAUGACUAAAUGGAUGAAUUCAAAGGUCAUAGCUUGGUGACUCCUAAAAAGAACAGGAAACUGAAUUGUAAUCCCAAUUUAGUCUGAGUCUCGCUCCCCCUUUCUCUAAAAUGAUUAUUUCAUAAAGAUUUUAUCUUUAGAAAAUUUUGUCUCACUGACUUUGUUGGAAUCUCACUGAAAUUCCAAUGCUGCCAAAAGAUAUAUGAAGUCAAAGUAGGGACUAUUUUGUGUUAGUCUUUUGUCAAGCAUAGGGAAUAUACAGAGUUACCACAAUAGUUUUGUCGUUUCCCCCAGCUGCAGGGUAAAGGCAUGGUCUGUGGAGGAUCCAGUGGUCUUGCUGUAUCUUUUAUAGAGCUCAGUGUUGUACUGUUGCGCAUGUGGAGCACUGACUUUGGCUCCUGGGAGAUGAAACACCUGACCAUUGCACUUGUAGAUUAAAGGGUUAACAUACUAAGAAAUAUUCAGACAGCAUGCCAUCUGUUUUCUUACAAGAUCUUUCUAGUUUACCACAUUCUAAUUUUAUUUAUAUAUAUAUAUAUAUAUAUAUAUAUAUAUAUAUAUUUAUAUUAGAGGUUUAAACUGAGCUUAUGUUGAGGGAAUAAAAAACACUUCUAGUAAUUUUAGUGUAAUAAAUUAUUCAUAUGUAAAAAGCAAGCUAUGGAACUUGGCACAAAUGUGACACAAAAGGUAAGGGUAGGGUAGAAAAUAGUCUGCUAGGAUAGUAUUCAUUGAGGGCUUAGUGUUUUUUGUUUUGAUGACAGAAUAAAACUAACAUAACCAAAAAAAGCAGUGUGAACAGUAAAACACAUGUAGCGGGGAGAUGAGGUUAAAAUUCCAGGGUCUCUAAGAAAGGCUGAGGAGUGCCACUUCUGACUACAAGAUCCACUUCCAAGGGAUAGGACAGAGGACUCCAAAUGGUUCAACAAGAAAAUGUAUUGAUACAAAAUUAAAAACCAUAAAGCCUUCUUCCAGUGCGAAUUAUUCAUUUUUGCCUGUCCUUUUCAUACUUGAUUCUAGUGAUGAAAUGAGGAAUUGUGGAGAACUGACAAGGAAUUGCACGCUUCAGGCAAAAAUAGAGUAUUUUCUCCCUAAAAUGUGCAAUUUCUAGAAUUCGCAAUCUUGUGAAUAGACCCAUACGAGGUGUAUGCUAGCUUGUGUUCUGCUUGACUGAGACAUAUUUAUAAAGAAAUUAAAAGGAAUCUACUUGAUUUCGGAUAGAUUUUUUAUUUCCCUUUUUUUGGGUCUCUGUUUUGCUUAUUAUUGGCUUUCCAUAAACUGCAUGGCUUCUUUUAGAAAGUAUUAAUACUUUGCUAAACUUCUCCUAAUGCGUAAACAUCAUUUUAGAUCAAACCAGUACUGGUCCUUUUAAAUUGUUACCUUAUGCCAAGAGAACAAAGUCCCAAAUUCCUGUCAAAAAGCUUUUACUGAUCUUUAAUGCAUGGGCUCUCAUCUUCCACAUUCACCACUCUCUCACAUGCUUUCUUCUUGCUUUGUAUUAAUGUUCUCGAUUCCCAGAUUUCCCAUAGCAGCACUUAAGCAGCAUGCACGUCAGCAAAUGGAUGCACGCAUUGUAAUUGGUCUAUACAUCUAGGCCGUUAUAUUUCUGAGAGGAGUUACUGGCAGUUUGCCAUACAAAACAUACUAAGGCUAACAAAGGAGUGUUUUUUUGUUGGGUUUUUUAUUUAUUUUUUAUUUUUUAUUUUAUUGGUAUUCAGAAACCUUUUGGGAUGCUGGAACAGAAACGUCCCCUCUCGAAUUAUCGCUUUUGUCAAAUUAUAAAUGUUUAAGUAGGUUUGUAAACCAUGCUUUUGAAUGUGUAUUUCAUGUAUUUUUUUUCCCCUACUUAUCUUAUAUUGAUUACGCAAGAAUUGAUUAACAUGUUUGCUAGCCGUUAAGAACUUGUCCAUCUUAUGGCAUAACUUUUUAUUUGGGGUUUUGUAUUUUUGUGCUUAGCCCGGAGCAAGCUUGGAACAAACGCACAUUUUUGUCCUUGCGCACAUUCUAAGACGACCAAUCAUAGUGUAUGGAGUGAAAUAUUACAAGAGCUUUCGUGGGGAGACGCUGGGGUACACUCGCUUUCAAGGUAUGUCCUGUUAUUGAUGCCAUAGAUUAGACUUUAAAAUCACUCCAAAAAGAUUUUUUGUUCUCUACAAAAUAAAUAUAAAUCAAUCAGAAAGGUUUUGCAAUUCUUAAGUAAGUGUUAAGUAACUAGUUUACCAGAUUGUUCUACCUGGUUGCUUCUGUAGGAGAUAUGAUCUAUUAAAAGCUGGUUCCAUCUAGGUGUCAAAAAUAAAACUAGCACUAAAUGUUACAAUUUUUAUUGAGAUUUAGAAGUGUGAAUGUGUAUAGCUAUCUAUUACUGUUGUUCCAUUAUGCAGAUUGUUUUGAAAGGUGGGUGACCUCAAAUAUUCUGAUGCAGUUUGACCCUAAGUGCUUGUUUCCAAUAUUGUUGCUAAGCGGUCACUGUAAGCAGCUGGGACUAAUGGGUGCUGAUUACCAACUGGUUUCCAAGGGAUGGGUGACUACAGCUGCAGUAUUUAGUGGGCAGAAAAGUACUUUGCGACACCUGAGUUAAGAGUGCCAGACAGAGGGAACAUCGGCAUUCUGUGUAAAUACCCUGCCAUGGGCAACCAGUCUGCUUCUGGGAUUACCACAGUAAGAUGGAAAGGGUGGGGUGGGGGGAUGGUAUCUGAGCUGAAAGUUGGGGCCGUCCAGUAUGUUGGCAUGUUACACAUGCUGUUGUGACAUGGUUGAAAAAUAAAAUAUGCCUUAGUUUUUGUUGUGGAGCAGUUUAGCAUUACUGUUGCUCUGCUAGAAGUAAUGAUCAACAGUCAUAGUGCAUCGAAUGCAAUUCCAAUUUCUGUUUGUAAAGAUUUUGUGUAUGUAGAGAGACGUAACUUAUGCACCCCUUUCUUUUUUAGGAGUGUAUUUGCCUCUGCUGUGGGAGCAAAGUUUCUGCUGGAAAAGCCCCAUUGCUUUGGGCUAUACUCGGGGCCACUUCUCAGCUCUUGUAGCCAUGGAGAAUGAUGGCUAUGACAAUCGUGGGGCUGGUGCAAACCUAAACACAGACGAUGAUGUUACGGUUACCUUUCUGCCACUGGUGGACAGUGAACGGAAACUUCUGCAUAUUCAUUUUCUAUCUGCGCAAGAGGUGAGAUGAUGCCUUUUUUUUUUUUCUCGUCUAAUGAUUGUCAAUUUAUUAUUGAAUUAUUGAUGCUCGUCCUAGGACUGGUAAGCUGUAUUUACCAUAUGGCAGAUUUAGUGUUAGAGAUUUGAAUAGACUUCUUGAUGAGGAAUCUCUAGAGCAUGUUGAGGGGAGGGGGGUUAGUGAGUGAUAGGCUUAAAGUGGUGCUGUCCUAGUCAAAUCCUGUUUUUUUUUUUUUGUUUGUUUUUUUAACCCCUCCCAACUCCUCUACAUCUAAUUGUCCCCCUAGUCAUCCCCUAAGCCCCCCAAUUAUUUUUUUUUAAUAAAGACCUACCUACCCCCUCAGCCUAACAAUAGUUAGGGGAAAACAAGCAAACUAACUACCUGUAAAUAAAAAAUAACUUGCAAUUUGUCUUUUUUCUAAAGUCUUUUUUUUCUCAGCCCCAAAAAAGGCCAAAUAAAAAUCCAUAAUACCGUCGCAAUAAAAAAAUUUAAUCUUUCUUCACCCAGCAAGGGCACCGUGCAGACUGAGCUCCGCAGGGCCUGAAAAGGCCUCUAAAGCCUUCCCACACCCUGCAAUUUGACUCUAGGUGCUCUGAUUGAUCCCAAGCCAACCAACCAGAGUGCUCUGACAGGUAAGUCUCUUCAUUUACCUGUCAGAGCACUCUGAUUGGUUGGCUUGGAAUCAACCAAUAGGAGUGCACAAAGUCAAAUUGCAGGGCAUGGGAAGGCUUUACAAGCCUUUCCCCGUCCUGCAGAGCGCAGUCUUCACGGUGCCCUUGAUGGGUGAAGAUGGAUUACUUUUUUUAGCAUUGGGUUUUUGCACUGGUUGUUUUUUUUUUUUUGGUUUGUUUGUUUUUUGCAACAAGAAUUAUGGAUUUUUAUUUAGCCUUUUUUGGGGCUGAAAAGACAUCAAAUGGUGUGUGUUUUUUUUUGUUUUUGUUUUUUUUAACCGGUAUUUCGUUUUCAUCUUACCCCCUCACUAUUUUUAGGGUGAUGGGGGCAGGUAGGACAAGAAAUGUCAAUGUGUCGUGUCCAUUUUUAUUUAGGGGUGGAUCCUGGGGGGACGGGAGAAAAGAACAAUUUAGGUCUCAGCCUUUUGGUAGAUCAAUCCCUGAUACCCUGGGAAUUAGGCGUUUCCUACUAAGCAGCUGCAAGAUGCAAGGGCUGGGAGGGUGGAGGGGGGGGAGAAGGGGGUUACAUUUAGCUCCCACCUGUCGGGAUUCAGCUCCCUUUAGCAAUCCACCAAUGGGCUGCUCCAUUGGACCAAUCCUUUCACUCUCAGAUGCCCCAGGUCCUCGGUGGUGCCGUAUGAUCAAGUUUCACAAACACCCUUAUGGAAUUGGGUUUACAGUAAUUAACACUAGUCCUUUCAAACAUUGCCAAAGUCAUCUAGAGGUCUAAAAUUUAAGAGUUGUUAAAUACGUGUUUGUUUUGUUUUUUGGUUGGUUGCAAAGGUAUUCCAGCAUUUGACAUUUAAUUAUCUUGGCCCAUUGCGUGCAUGACUGGUAAAGGUGUUUCAGCUUUUCCAAGCCCUGUGUAUACAUGUACUUGGGUUUUCGGUUACAUUUAAGUAGUAAAACUUUUUUUUUUUUUGUGCUGAUUCACUUGUCCCCCUUGGCGAUAUUGUAUACACAAAGAAACUGAUCAGAAUGUCAACCAAGUAGCAUGGCAAACUAGCCCAGUGGAAUACCCCUGUGAAUGGCUAUCUAUAUUCACAAAUAUUCAAUGUUCUUGUAGAAAGAGGCACACAUUUUAAUGGUACUAGCAUGUUUUACAAUCUGGCCAUUACAAGGCUACAUAAUUUUGCAUAAUACCUAUUUCCUACAAUAUGUCUGCUGUAAAAGGGACAUUGUAAGUGCCCACAGCUAAUACAGCUUGCUGUACUGUUGAGUCUGUGGGGAGAGUCUCUUUGCACCAGAACCAGUAAACACUGCCUUUUCUGAGAAGGCAGAAAAGUGUUUAUAUUGAAAGAAAAACAGAAAACUCUCUCUCUUCAAGGAUAGUGAGUGAUACAAUAUAGUACCCAAACAAAAAGCAGCUCAACACAUAAAGUGGAAUACCCUUAUUUCCAUGAUCAAUAUUAAACACUUAAAGAAUAUAUGGUAUAGAAUAUAUACCAAUUAGUGGAGUGCUAUAUAAAUAUAAAAUAAUGGAGGGGUCCACUUACCCCAUCAAUUGAGUGUAAUAACACACUUAGGAAUAUAAAUCUUUUAAAUCUUAUAUUCCUAAGUGUGUUAUUACACUCAAUUGAUGGGGUAAGUGGACCCCUCAAUUAUUUUAUAUUUAUAUAACGCUCCACUAAUUGGUAUAUAUUCUUUAAGUGUUUAUAUUGAGUUGCACGAACGCCUGUAGUGUUUGUUUCAAAAAGAGCCAUAAAAUGAUCUUCCUGUUGAGGUCCUGCAAUUUUUGCUGUACAGACAUUCAUCUCCUUCACUUUUGACAUGUAACUCUAAGGAGAUGCUGAUUGGCGCAGCCUUUGCCAUGCUAUGAAGAGGUGCAAUGGAUUGGCUGAGGCUGAUGAUUUUAGCUAGAUGUGGUGAGAUUAGUGGGGUAUAGAAGGUUAGCAAGUCACUUUAGAUUCCUGGCCCACCCCUGAAAUAAAUCGCUCAGACAUGACUGUUGGAAGUAUAGGUUUGUGUUUCUAACCUCGGCGUGUUUUUAAAUACAACUUGGACAAGCUGAAUGCAACUUGAGGCAGACCAACCAACCCCCCUCAUUAUGGACUUUGCUGCUAAAUGAUAAAAUUACUCCUCUCCCAAACCAGAGUUGGACAGGAGUUUAUGGAAGAGACACAAGUUACGCUCAUAAAAGCUUGAUAAUCAGCUAGUAGCCAUUGAUUUACACAUAGAAUGGUUCACAGUUUUGCGCAAUGAUGCUUGCCGUGUUUGGACAGAACUUUUUUUGACCAUUAUAAUAUUACCAUUAUUACAGAUGACAUAUUGAUUGACACAUAGUUGACAUGUUACUUGAAACACUGUCUUGUGCAAUCUUUGUACAGUAGAUGGCAGUAUAGUACCAUUCAGAAUGUUUGGUUGUGUUCUUUGUCUGCAAUGAUGCAUCAUUUUGUAAUUUAUAAAGCAUUUAUGGAUUUGAAAGUCUUGAUUAGGGUUAAUUUUAUAAACAUGUGAAGAAACUGACUGAAAGUAGUUAGUUUUUAUCUAUAGCCUCCUAGCACCAUAACCAUUAUUGCAAACAGAAGUGGUUAUAUGCUUGGAAUGUCUUUUUAAAGCAUUAGAGUAUAAUGGUAUAAUUUACACCUUCAUCCAGAUUAUGAUUCCAUGUAAUUGCAAAAGCUGGGGUGAAAAAUUUGCAAAACUGCUGAGGUAGCUUAGUUGGUAAAUUCCGACUACAAAGCCUGUUCAAAUAUGCAAGGUCAACUCAGCCAUUCAUCCUUCUGAGGUCGAUUAAAAUGAGUACCACACCAAUAUCUAUUAAUAUUCAGCUGUCGAUUUGGUUAAUUCUGAGAUCACGCUUGGAGUCCCUCUGGGAAAAAGGUGCUAUAUAAAUACUAGUUAUAAUAAUAAGAUCAAAUAACUAUCUUAAUGAUUUUCUCUGGAUUACAUUUGUUUAGAUAGUUGCUAACAAUUAAACUAUGGGUUUUUUUUUUUUUUUUUAAAUGUAAGCAGGUCUUCUGAUUUUGAGCUUGAAGAGAUGUGCUUGCUUGUUUAGAAACUGAUGGUAUUUUCUGAUUUAUUUAUUUUUUGAUCUCCAUCUAUCCUUUAAACUGGGACUUUGUCAGGUGCAAGCUAAUAGAUGCUAUGUUAUAAGUAAUGUAACUGCAGGUAGUAUACUGAAUUGUUAUCCAUAAUUUCUCUGUAAACCUAAAUCAUACCUACAAGAACAGGCUAUUAGCCAAUAUUCUGGUAAAAUGUACUUCCAGUCAUUCAGGUAAUGUUUUGUUUCCGUUUCCUGCUGUAGCUCGGCAAUGAGGACCAGCAGGAAAAGCUCCUGCGAGAAUGGUUGGACUGUUGUGUUACAGAAGGUGGUGUGCUAGUAUCCAUGCAAAAGAGUUCCCGUCGUAGGAACCACCCAUUGGUGACUCAGAUGAUGGAAAAAUGGUUGGACGGCUAUCGCCAGAUACGCCCUUGCACAGCUUUGUCAGAUGGAGAGGAAGAUGAAGACGAUGAGGAUGAGUGA